AAUAAAAACACAAGAAACUAUAGCAAGAUAGAAGUACAAAAUUAAGGGUACUUAUUAGGAUAUUUUAUGUUUGUUUGGAUUUGGAUUUGGAUUUAAAAAAUUUGAUUUAAAUUUUAUAUUUAAAUAAUGAUAUCAUAUUUUGUGAACAAAACAUAUAUAUAUAUAUAUAUAUUGAGAAGUAAAAAAUUUGAAAAGAAGAGUUAAGAAACACACCCUGAGAAUGUUCAACCACCAAAGAAAACAAAAACAGGUGUCACUUUCAAUUUCAAUUUGCUUUCUGUAAUAAAUUACACCCUAAGCAAUAGAUAAUUCCCUCUUCACCACAACACUAGUUUCAACUUUAUAUUUAUUUUGUUACUGUUUUCUUUAAUUUAAUUUACUUUCACCUGAUUACAUUAUGCAUUACCUUUUCUACUCUAUGCAUAUAUAUAUAUAUAUAAGAUUGCAUGCAUUUUGAAGAAGAUCCAGGUUGAGCUGAGAUCCCUAGUCCUAAGUGAAACCAAAUUAUAGAAACUAAGCAGAAAGAAAAGAGUUCAGAUAUAUAUACAUCUAUAUAUAUAUACAUACAUACAAAAAGUUAAGAAAGAAGCAUGGGGAAGAUGUUGAUGGUGAGGUUAGGAUUUUUCUUUGCAGUUGUAGUGCUGAUGGUUGCUGUACCUUCGCCGGCUGCUGCCACUAUCUACACUGUUGGCGACACCUCCGGCUGGGCCAUUGGUGCCGACUACUCCACCUGGGCUUCCGCCAAGACCUUCCUAGUCGGCGACACCCUCGUAUUUAAUUAUCCCGGCGGCCACACGGUGGACGAAGUCAGCGCCGGCGACUACAAAUCGUGCACCACCGGCAACUCCAUCUCCUCCGACAGCAGCGGCGCCACCUCCAUUGCUCUCAAGACCGCCGGUCCUCACUACUUCAUCUGCGGUGUCCCCGGCCACUGCACCGGCGGUAUGAAGCUCGCCGUCACCGUCUCCGCCGCGGCCAGCCCCGGCGCCGGUCCUUCACCGGCGUCCGGAGCCCCGCUCCCGCCCUCUGCAGGAACCAGUACCACCUCCCCCAUGGUCCCGACCAUGACGAACCCUAGCGCCGCCGGAGCCGUCAAUCACGAGCCGUUUUAUUCGUCGGCGGCGGCUAUGGUGCCACGUGGCGUGGCCGCCGCUCUGGUGGCGGCGGCGGUGACGUGGGGUCUGUGAUGAGGUGUACACGUGUACGGGCAGGAUAGAGGCAGUGCUUUUUUUUAUUUUUUUUCCUAUCUUGUUUACUUUGGCUAUGUUUUAUCACAUGCUUUUCUAUUAGCUUUAAUUUACCCGUACUCUUGUUAUUAUUUUUGUUAUUAUUAUAGGAAACACUUAAUAAAUUAAAUAAAUAAAAUGCG